UCUUUUCAUUUGCAUACCCGCUAUUCAACCAACAGCACUAGUAAAUUCCUCAGUAGUCCUUUUCCAUUGCUUUCUUUUCAGCCCUCCCAACACUUUCAGCUCUGUAUAUAUAUAUAUAUGUGUGUGUGUGUGUGAUAAGUAAAACCGAUCAACCGUACGUUUGUUGAAGGAACUUAACAGUUCACACAAGGGACAAAAAACAUUACCCCGUUCACUUCUUAUAGCUUUCCCUCUCUUUCUCUCUCCCUUCUCCAACUUAAAUUCGAUUCCACUGGCUUUUAUUUGUCGUACCCCCUUCUUCUAAGCAGAAACGAAUAAGCCUUUGUAGAUGCCAGGCACAGUUAAAGGCACAGGGUGCCAAGAUCCAUUCUGACUGUGUAGUUGUGCAGCCUUGUUCUUUAUCUUACAAGAGGUUUAAAAAUUACAGUUGCUUUAAUUGGCUUUUAUUAUCGUUCAUUUUCUUGCAAAAGUUCUCUUCUUUUUUUUACUUCUCAUUUUUGUCUUAACUUUUUAAGAAAUUGAAUACAGAGAUCAUUGAAACUUCUUACUAUUUUAAUAAAGCCAUUUUAAUAGAGUAUUGGAAGCCAUUUAGAGAUAACAACGCAAAAGCAACAACAAUCACAAGUGGGAUAUCAUCACAUGAUCAAACGAGUACCAAUUUCCUCGCCCACGAUUCUUCAGCAGAUUCGAUAUAGGCCAGUACAUAUGAAGUAUGAUGACCUUAUUAGUCUCCGUGGUUCAUCUUUGGUCUCAGGAUGAAUGAAGGAUUCAACACUUUGAUUCACAGUUCUCGCCAAAAUUCGUCAAUUACGCAAUUCAACUCACCGACCGACCGAAACUGCUUCUCACUAUAUAGUUACCCUGGUCACUUAUCAGAAUUCUAUUCAGAUAGUAGAAAACCUCCUUGUCGCAAAAUGAGCUGAAAACGAUUAUUACAUCAUUUGGAACAAAUAUGCGGGACUGUAAGAAGGAUGCCGCAGCUAGUCUCUCACAGGAGUCCGAAGUCGUGACUGUUGAGGUUUCGAAUCCGACAUUGUCUCAAACCGGAAGCCCAUUGGCCCUUACCGACUAUUCGAAUCACUCUCGCAAAGCUGUAAGACACAAACACUACGAGCAUUCGGUGCACAGCAGCAGCAACUCUCGAGGCGCCAAGCGAAGUAACUCACCGACGCUCUCGCCGGCUAGUCAGAGCAUCGGAUCUUCAAAUGACGAAGUGACGUCUACCAUCAAUUUGAACAGUUCCCUCGCGUCGCUCAGCUAUUCAACAGCAGCUGGCACAGGAACUGGCGGUGGCUUUUCGUCUAAUUUCCCUUCUUCAGCCAACAGUCGUUCACUUUGCUUCGUCUGUUUGGACCAUGCGGCAGACAGCACUCUACCUGUGAACAAAGACUUGGUGCGAGAAUCUUUUCCCAACUUCUCCAAGGAUGUUUCCUAUCACAAAGGAGUGUGUUCAAAGUGCUACCGCAAAAUCACUGAGCUAGAGACUCUUCAGUCGUUCAAACAGUUCUGUGACCUCAUGUUUGAAGAGGCCAAAUCGGAGCUGGAGCAACUGUUUGACCUCUCGCGACACACACGACUCCUGAUAGAUCUAGAGCAGCAGGAGCAGUUUAGAAAGUGUCUCACCAAUGCGCCCGAGACUAACUUGAUAGGUUCCCUUCAAGUGGACGACGAUCAGUUGCCCCCAUCAUCUCUCCUCAGCAGACAACACAGAGCACUCACAACUAACAGGUCCUCAAACACCCUUGAUAGCGACAAUAACACCGGCUCUUCGCCAAUAAGCAGUGCUGGCGGAAGCUCCUCUUCUAAGAAGAACUCGGGAGUAAGUCUGGCGAACCACAAUGACCACUCCGUUAGUGUCUCUACUGGACCACAAUCAAAGCCCAAUCCCCCCUGGGCAAAUGGAGGAGGCCAACAAACCCAAUCUCCCACGAGUGCGCCAGGAAGUCGAAGAAAAGCGCAACACAAAUCACAUCACCACCCGGGAUCCAAUCUGAGAUACGAGGACGAAGAGGCCGGAUACUUUGGAUCCCAGUCUUCGGGCGGAGGUGGUCCAGGAGCAACCGAUAAUGACUCGGGAUCAGCGAAGAGAAGCAUUGCUAACAAUGAGUCCGAUGAGCCCGAAAGGACGACCACUGAUGACAGAAUGAGCAGUGUGGGCUUCCUAGAAGGACUGGCCCUCCGUGGUCUGAACAGUUUGAGUUCCAGCUUCUCAGUGUCUGGACACGCCAGCAAAAUUCCACCUUUCCAAAACCUAUCCAGUUCCUUUGAGCUGAACUCAUCUCAGAAUGGAAGCCGAGUCAAUUUGAACUUGCAGUUGGCCGAGACCCUCAUCAAGGACGCCAUCCGGACUGCAUCAUUCGACGCCGGAUUCUCUGAUGUGGACUUCUCAACUGUGAGUGUAGACCUCUGUGUUGACUCAUCAAACACCUCCAAGCCCGUGCAGCUGAAUCUCACUUGCAAACAGCCGAGUAGCUGUGACACCACACCUGUCCGAUCGUUCGCCGAAACGAACGGCGAUAUAACCGAACGGGAGCAAGUUGAAGGCACUGGGAACUCCAAAUUCAAUCAAAAGGCGUCUCGCAAAAGUGAAUCAAUUGAAUCUAACUCACGGUUCAGGAGUACCAAUAUCCAAUCGUCUCAUCUCAACAAUCCGCUUCACAUAGACGCCGAUGACAUUAUGAGGUCAUCGUUGUCCAAGAACAUCCAACUGCCUCGAAACUCAUCAGAAGACUCCCUAGUGACAUCUGCGAGCAACUCAAUGGCUUCGCCCUCCUUCCCACGCUCCACGACAUCCCCCGCCCAAUCACAGCACAACAGUCUAGCACCCGCCAACCGAUCCAGAUUCUAUCAGUUUAAAACCAAAGAUAAAGAGCAGCCCCCAUCAGAUGAUUCUCCUAGCCGAAUCGACAAAAAACCAACCCCAUCAGCACCUGGAACUGGGUCGACCUCCGGGGGCUCCGGUGGCGCAGCAUCUAGCAACGUGCAAGUUCCGAGCAAACUGUCCUCGGGAAUUGCAAUGACAACCUCAACCUCCUCGACGUCCAUUUCAAAACUGAGGAUGCCAAACAUUAAGUCAAGCCACCAUUAUUUAGCCGCAGAUGAGCAGGACGGCGGCGCAUCAGAGCCACCAGAGACCUAACCUUUAUCUAUCGUUAUUGUUACCUUUACCUACACAUUUUUCACACCAAAUCAUUUCUCAAUUGCUAAAUUAGUAAUAUAUAUUAUAGUUCAAUUACUAAUUGCAAUGGGUAUUGUAUAGAUGCAAAGUGAAUUUAAAUGGACGAAAAAAUGUAUUUUUGUUUGAUUCAUAAUAAAUG